AUCACAUAAUUCCCUCCUACGGUACUGUAAGCCAAAAGUUACUUCACAUCUGGCAAUCCCCACUCCACAGACAAUCAACUCUCAACGCGGGGGAGUGGGAGUGGGAGGGGAAGAGACCCGGCGGGUACCUGCUAUUGCGCCUAGAUAACAUCUCAUCCAUCCUCUGAAUGCCUUCACCUCUCCUUUUCUCCCUUUCCCCAAAUGUCUUCACAAGCAACAAAUCUGCACCAACUACCAGUCACCAAUCGCCAAACCUUCCUCCAGCUUUGAGACAACAAGAAGAUAGCCAAGAUGCCCAGCGGUCAGGGAUACGAGUACAAGAGCUCCGGCACCAACAGCCAGGGCAACCACUACUGCGCCCGUGACUACGGCAGCAGCGCGUCCAACCCCAACUCGUACCACUACUCCAACACCGAUGGAUCGUACUACUACUCUAACCCCAAUGGCAGCACCUACUACAACGACGGCGCCGGCGGCUCGACCUACACCUCGUCCAGCGGCGAGAGGAGCUCUUCCGGCUACGGCUCCGGCUCCGGCAGCUCCGGCAAGAAGUGAGCCCUGACUUUUUGGCGCCCACUGGCGAUUACAGGACGAAGACGGUGUUUUGUGAUUUUGGGGGAUCUGAUGACAGGGGGGUACCGUGCUGGCUUCGAGCGACGGAUUGGGGCAACUGGCAAGCCCCUAGAAGAAUGGCGAGUAUGACAAGAACUGAUAUGGUGCGCGUGCCAUUCUGUGACGGAACCGUGACGCGUCUGCCUGACCUAGGUUCUCACCGUCCACUUGGGUUCGAGGUGGACUGUCGGACCUGCCUUGCGUCCUACACAAAGGACUGGCGACACCGGCCUCAUAUCACGGUUCGAAGGGCUCGACAUUUCGAGAGACCCACAGCUUCUGUUGAAUCACUACGAAGAACUGUCGCUGCCAGCCGACUGCUGUCCGAAGACGACUACAAAAGGUCGCUCACUGCGUUGGACCAGGUGCCAUAACUUCUAGGCUUCCCAAAGCCGGGUUAGCGUUUCUUGGGAUAACGACAGAGGGUUCAGAGUAAUUAAUCAUUAGGUCAGUGAUUCAGCACCGUAUCGAGUGAGACGAGCGCUGUUUUCGACUGGGUUUCCGUUUCCAUCUCCGCCAACACCUCCGGCACGUACGUCAACCCUCACGCGACCGGCAGACCGGAGAUGACGACGGCGCUGAUGAAGUCCUUGGGGUGCCCCUGCGUGUCCAUCUUGCCGGUCCCAUUCUUCAGGUAGCAGUACUCCCCGGGCAGCUUGAUCAUGGCGACGGAGCGGCAGUAGCCGCCGGCGCUGACGACGGCGCCGUUGGCGAGGUUCCUGUUGUAGGCCUGGUUGUGGGCGGCGCACAGGGCCAUGCAGUCCUCGAAGGCGGGCACGUAGACCUUGAGGAUGUCGUAAUUCGACUUUCCGUGCUUACGUCGAUGAGCUAUUGCUUUUCUGGGCCGCCAAGCCGCCGGCGACACCGCCGGCGAUUCCUCCGGCAAGGACGAGGACGAGCGCGAUGACGAUGCCCCAGAAGACGGGUACGGUAAGGCCGAGAAUUCGACGUCUCCCGGAUUGCGGAGGUGACUGGGCCGGGUACGGCUGGGUUGUUGACCAUACUGUCUUUUCGCCGGGACUCCGGACUUCGGUCGGGGGGUUGUACGGGAUCGGCGCGGUGGAGUAACGGAUCGGGUUUGGGGGCGCCGCCUCGAGACCCGGUUGGUCCGGCUGCUCCCACCGACUCUGGUGCUGGGGGUGAAUUUGAUCAGUCAUUCUGUCAUCGACAUGAGUGAGGUCGCACAACAGGCGUAAGAGGCAGUAAAUUUUGGGCAAAGAAAAAUUGCGCUUCUAAUCACGACAGGGAACAACAAUAUGUAGUGCUGACAGCGGCUGAGAGAGGAAGGAUUCGCCAAGUGGGUAAACAAGCACGUGACAAGACCGGGGUCAAGGGCGGCAGCAUCGUGAGUGAGGUUCUCGUGGCCGGGGUCUAUUUGAUGGAGCCGUGGUUUUAACAGAGGUGUUGGAGAGGACGGGCCCGAUCCAGGACGGCACGGCUGCAGGCGACGGUUCGGGUCGGUUCACGCCACGAUAGACGGGCUGCGCUUACAAGCUUGUUUCAAGACUGGCCCGACGAGACAGGUGGCGCUGGCUUGGGAUCCUUUGCCCAGCAAGGAGUGGGAUGCGUUGUUCAAACUUGACAUGACGCUUGUCGCAACUCGCGGGCGCAUCGUCCGACAGCGUGGGCUAUUUAGGGAAAUACAG